AUAUUACCGCAAAAACCCAAUGUCCAUUGCAGAGGAUGUCAUAAACUAAUAAUGACCGGAGAAAGUUGAAAAUCUGGAAAACCUCCAUCUGAGGUUGACGUAUACUUCAAUUCUUGUCUAUAUAUACCAUAUGAUCCUAGCCCAGUUCAAGUAACAUAACAGCCACACAGAAGUGUGAUUUAGGCAUCAAGCAGAAAAGGGAGAUCAAAGUUCUUCUUUCUUGGUGCAACAAUAUAAUGGAGAAAACUGAUCAGAAGAGUAAUAAUGCUCCCACCAAAAAAGAACCAAAUUACAGAGGUGUCAAAGCCAUGCCUUUUAUUAUAGGUAAUGAGACGUUUGAGAAGCUGGGAACAAUUGGGACAUCCUCGAAUCUCUUAGUGUACCUGACGACAGUGUUCAACAUGAAGUCUAUUACAGCUACAAACGUCCUCAAUGUCUUCAAUGGAACUAGCAAUUUCGGGACUUUGCUUGGCGCCUUCCUCUCCGACACCUAUCUUGGUCGAUACAAAACCCUCGGAAUCGCCUCCGUUUCCUCUUUCCUGGGAAUGAUGAUCCUAACACUGACAGCAGCAUUUCCAAGCUUACAUCCACCUGAGUGUGGAGCAGAAGACAACAGCACUGCAUGUGUUGGACCUUCACCAUGGCAACUCACUUUCUUGUACAGUGGAUUCGUACUUCUGAUAAUCGGUGCAAGUGGGAUUAGGCCGUGUAAUUUGGCCUUUGGAGCAGACCAAUUCAAUCCCAACACAGAAUCAGGCAAAAGGGGCAUCAACAGUUUCUUCAAUUGGUACUACUUCACCUUCACUUUUGCAGUGAUGUUAUCGUUAACGGUGGUUGUCUAUGUACAAUCCAGCGUGAAUUGGGCCAUUGGGUUAGGCAUUCCCACGUUCUUGAUGUUCCUGUCCUGCGCCUUUUUCUUCAUCGGGACAAGAAUUUAUGUUAUGGUUUUGCCCGACGGCAGCCCUUUGACAAGUGUUGUCCAAACAUUCGUUGUUGCAUUCAAGAAGAGGAAACUGGAGCUGCCUGAACAGCCUUGGAGCUCUCUGUUUAACCAUAUCCCUUCUACCUCAAUCAACUCAAAGCUUGCUUACACAGACCAACUGAGGUUUCUGAGUAAAGCAGCAAUUCUAACACCAGAGGACGAAAUCAAUUUAGAUGAUUCAGCAGCAAAUCCCUGGAAUCUUUGCAGUCUGCAGCAAGUCGAAGAGAUCAAAUGCGUUGUGCGAGCAAUUCCCAUAUGGAUAGCUGGCGUCAUAUACUACAUCGUGUUGGUCCAAAUGCAGAAUUAUGUAGUCUUCCAAGCCAUCCAAAUGGAUAGGCGUCUAGGCCAAGGCAGCUUCAAGAUUCCUCCUGCCACCUACAAUGUUUUUGCCAUGAUAAGCCUCUCAGUAUGGAUACCAUUAUACGACAGGGUCGUGCUCCCUUACCUCAGACGAAUAAUGAAAAACAAAGAUGGGAUCACUAUCCUGCAGAGAAUUGGCAUAGGACAGGUUCUUGCAAUCUUGACGAUGCUGGUAGCAGCUGUUGUGGAAACGAAACGGAGAACGUUAGUAUUCACUCGGCCAACAUUAGGCGUUGUUGCCCACAAGGGUGCAGUGUCGUCCAUGUCGGGCAACUGGUUGAUCGCUCAACUCACACUUGUUGGACUGUCUGAGGCGUUUGCCAUUAUAGGCCUAAUUGAGUUCUUCUACAAGCAGUUCCCAGAGAAUAUGAGGAGUUUCGGUGGGUCGUUCGUGUUCUGUGGAUUCGCAAUUGCUAGUUAUUUGAGCAGUUUCUUGAUUUCAGUUGUGCAUAGCGCUACAAGUGUUGGUGAGGACAGUGGCUGGUUGGCUGAUGAUCUCAACAAGGGGAGAUUAGACUACUUUUAUUACCUUGUUGCUGGCUUGGAAGUGCUGAAUUUGGGCUACUUUUUAGUUUGUGCAAAGUGGUACAAGUAUAAGAGAACUGAAGACACUGAAAUGGAUGUAGCCCUGGAGAAAAUUGACCCUCACAAACCUGUAGUAUAGUUCGCAAUUUUGGUUCAUGGCUCAGGGGCUCAAAACCUGAUUUUCUUAAACAUUAAAGCUACAACAAGAUAAGGAAAAAUGGAAAAUAUUAGCCGAAUCCGGUCUGCUUAAAUGUGUGUCAAUCACAAAGCAAAUGUGAUACACCUAGUAUGUGAUUGGUGUAAAAAUUCAAGAGAGCAACCAAUUACAUGACAAAUGUAUCAUACUUAAUGUGUGAUUGAUUGAGUUCGACCAGACAUAAUACAGAUAAAAAGUUUUCGAGAACUUAUGCUA